GGUCUACUUUUUGCAUAGCUGAUUCUGCUGGCUUGAGCUCAUGUGACUUGCCGCAGCCAAUGUUAAUGCUGACCUAUAUUCCCCUGAAGUUGACACAUUCGUGGCGCUAGUAGUUGACAAAUAGGAACUUGACCUCCAUGAUGGACAGUUAAUAAAGAAAGCGCCACUGGUGCGCUGUUUAAAUCAGCAGAAUGCAGUGUUUCAGAACAACCUAUUUACGUCUACCAAGUACACAAUUUUGUAUAUACUCCAUCUGCCACACGGGGGCCUACUGCGUUCAAACUGGAAGGAGCUGUAUUAGGUUUGGUUUACCACGCCUAGCAGCAGCAGGCAAGACUUUGCGCCAGUCCCGUCGUUUUCACCUGAACCGGGCAGAUCUCGAAAUGACUGAUCAAGGUUUAACAGACGAGGCUCUUGCAGCUGCUUGCAAGGAUGGAAAUCCUAUUACCAAGGAUUUCAUGAUGCAGCAGACUAUGCUCAGAGUUAAGGAUCCAGUGAAGUCCUUAGAUUUUUACACACGAAUUUUAGGAAUGACCUUGCUGCAAAAGUUUGAUUUUCCAGCAAUGCGGUUCUCUCUCUACUUCCUGGGUUAUGAGGACAAGAAGGAGAUUCCAGGUGAUGUGAAGGAGAGGACGGCGUGGACCUUCUCCCGAAGAGCCACCAUUGAGCUAACACAUAACUGGGGUUCAGAAACUGAUGACAGCCAGUCCUACCACAAUGGAAACUCAGACCCACGUGGAUUUGGGCACAUUGGCAUUGCUGUCCCUGAUGUGUAUGCAGCCUGCAAGCUUUUUGUGGAGGAAGGAGUGACCUUUGUGAAGAAGCCAGAUGAUGGUAAAAUGAAAGGCUUAGCGUUCAUUCAGGACCCGGAUGGUUACUGGAUUGAGAUUCUGAGCCCCAACGGUAUGGUCCCCAUCACCUCAGGUGGAACAUCAGGUUGAACCUCAGGGAGCAGGAGUUGCGUUGACCAUCAUGUGCAAUUUAAGAACAUAUGGGAGAGAGAACUGGAGGUUUGCGAAAUUUGUAAUUACAGAGGUCAAGAAUAUAAUGUACUAAUUGUGAUAACUGUGAUGACAGAUGCUACUAUGAAAUUAUUUUUCUCAUGCAUUAAAUUUUUUUUUGUCAAUUAUUGGUUAUUAAAUUGUUCUUAACACUA